CGGCUCCGUCCCGCAGGUGCCGGCGCCGAUGCGGCCGCUGUGCGCCGGGGCGGCUGGAGGGCCCCGCCGGAGCGCCGCGGGCCGCCAUGCCCUGGAGCGUGCGCUGGGUGGGCGGCCGCGGCGCCCAGUCGCAGAAGCAGUGCAAGAAGUCGUCGUUCGCCUUCUACCAGGCCGUGCGGGACCUGCUGCCCGCCUGGCUGCUGGAGGACAUGCGCACCAUGGAGGUCUUCCACUGGGAGGACGGGGGCAAGGUGAGCGUGUACUCGCCCUCCGAGGCGCUGCUCUACGCCCUGGUGCACGACCACCACUCCUACGCCCAGCACCUGCUGACUAAGUUCCCCCAGGGCGCCCUGGCCGUGCCCAGCCAGAGCUUCAGCUGCUGCCAGGCGUCCGCGCCGCACCUGGCCAUGGCCGUGCGCUACAACCGCAUCCGCAUCCUCUUCCGCAUCCUCAAGGCCAUGCGGGGCUUCCCGGCCGGCGACCGCGCCGCCCACCUGGACCGCCAGGGCUGCAGCCGCGUGGAGGGCGGCAAGACGGCCUUGCACGUGGCGUGCGAGCUGGUGCGGCCCGAGUGCUUGCUGCUGCUGCUGGGCCAYGGCGCCUCGCCCUGCCUGCGCGACGCCGCCGGCCACACGCCGCUCGACACCCUGCUGCAGCAGAUGGCCCAGGCGCCGCCCGCUGACAUGCGCGCCAAGCUCCUCUGCCUCGACUGCCUCUGCCUCUUCGUGCCUGCGGACCUGCGCUUCGCCAUGAAGCAGCAGCUCGUGGACAACCGGCAGCGCUGGCAGGACCUCCUGGGGGAGAGGCGGUUCCAGUGCCUGGCGGGCCUGGCGCCGCCGUCGCUCUUCGUCAGCGCCAUGCGCGUCUUGAUCAGGACCAUUUCGCCGGAGCGGUUCCCCGAGGCUCUGGACGAGCUGCCUCUGCCGCAUUUCCUAAAGCCUUUGGACUUGAAACUGGAGAGCUAGGGGGGCCGUACCGGAGCCUCCYGCUCGCAGGACAGGAAUAGCCUCGUGUGCUAAACCCGGACCGGUGUAUGAGGCUGCCACCGAGGCAGCCAAGCGUCUGUUUUAAUUCGAACUGUGUUUUUUUAAAAGAAUUGUAUCUGGCACUUUACAAU